AUGAUCAUAUUGAUCCGCCAUGCCCAGUCAGAGGGAAACAAGAAUCGCGACAUCCACCAGUUCAUUCCCGACCAUAGAGUGAAACUAACCCAGCAUGGCUGGACUCAGGCAGAAGAGGCAGGACGACAGCUACGGUCUCUGCUCAAGCCAGACGAUACCCUCCAGUUCUUCACUUCCCCCUACCGUCGCACGCGCGAGACGACCGAAGGCAUACUCCGUACCCUGACCUCCGACGACCCAACACCAUCGCCCUUUCCCCGCAACAAGAUAACCGUCUUCGAAGAGCCCCGGAUACGCGAGCAGGACUUUGGCAACUUCCAGCCAUGUUCAGCGGAGAUGGAGCGCAUGUGGCAGGAGAGGGCCGACUAUGGGCACUUCUUCUACCGUAUACCUGAUGGUGAGAGUGCGGCUGACGCGUACGAUCGAGUCAGUGGCUUCAAUGAGAGCUUGUGGAGAUCGUUCCAGGACGACAACUUUCCCAGUGUUUGCGUCUUGGUCACACACGGGCUGAUGUCGCGUGUCUUCCUUAUGAAAUGGUACCACUGGUCGGUCGAGUACUUCGAAGAUCUCCGUAACGUCAACCACUGCGAAUUCAUAAUUAUGAAGCGAAGCGAGAACAACGGCCGCUAUAUCCUCCAAAACGAGUUACGAACAUGGUCGGAACUCAAGCGCCGUGCUGCGAAGGAGAAGGAAGAGACAAAAAGCGCCACCUCAUCGACGCCGAGCAGGGCCACACCUUUGACUGGCCUGGGCCAAGGAGGCAUCACCGCGUCCCCCACCAUACCCACGCGCCGAUGGGGAGGAUGCGUCAACGGAUGUGACCAUGACAAGAUCAACUACCCCCGUCGACCGAUGCGCAAGAACACUAUGGAGUACAUGGGACAAUCGCAACAGCUGCCCCCGCCAGCAGUCUCACACAUGGAGCCUGUAGAAAGCGAGCAGGAGGACCACCCAGUUGCAGCGCAGCAGACCGAGCACGCUUCCAUUAUCAACGAGCCCUCGCCGGCGAAGUUAUCGCGGAAGCAGAGUACUAAGGGUGCCACUAUGCCGGAAAUGCCUCCAACGCCAGCAUCUCCAAACGAUGCGUCCAACGACGCUACAAGCAGUGACGAAGGGGAAGCAACAUCGUCCAUGUCACGCUCAGGCAGCCAUGCGCAGCCGAGAACUGCAGCUGUCCUCCGCCAUCUACAACCUCACAAGACACCAGGCGAGGGCUUCUCUGAUGACUCCGACUACUUCCCGGGCAUGCAACAAAUACAACACCGCAAGUUCCUCCGAGCAAGCUCUACGCAGCGCAGACAAUCCAAAGAACGCAAACUACAGCGCAAACAGACAGAGCAGAGUUGGAAAGAAGAAUCUGGCAUGGGUAACGGCGUCAGGACUGAUAGACUGGGCGACGGCGAUGCCACCAGCGAUGACGCCGCGUUUGCGAAGGAGAAGGAAGGAGAACCAAUCCUCACGGAAGCGUUGAAAGGCAACAUGAUUGUCGAGAACAGUGAGGAGGAUAGGGAAGCCGGGGAGGAAGAGAAGAAGAUUGGCGAGACAGAGAUUGACAAGAUGCAAGACGCCGAGAGAAAGGGCUUUGGUGAGGUAUAUUGA